AUGAACGGCACCAGCCAAUGCUCAGACGACAACUUCGGACCGGCCUUCAGUUGCCCAAACAGUUUCGACUUUACGUUGGUGUUUGAACAGGGAGUCCUCUCCAUUAGUGCUUCUGCCAUCUUUCUGGUUUUGCUUCCGUUCGAGCUGUUGAAAUCUUGGCGGUCGACCAAGAAGACGUUGCCAAGUAGAACGUUCAUUGGGAAAGCUCUCUUGAGCGCCAAAUUGCUUGCUUUGCACCUGGCCCUCGUCAUCCUAUGGUCGAGAAAUGACACUUUGCGCACAGCUAUCCCGUACUCUGUACUCUCUCUGGUUGCCAUUGCGGCAUUGUCCAUCUUGACAUUGUUGGAUCACCACCGGGCUGUAAAAUCUUCAUCACUGCUCAUAGCAUUUUUACUCAUCUCCGUGCUAUUUGAUGCCGCUCAAGCAAGAAGCUUGUUUCUACGAGGAACCUCGACUGCUAUUGCUGCUAUACUUUCCACAGUGAUAGCCCUCAAGGUGUUCUUGUUGGCAGUCGAGCUUAGAAACAAGCGCACAUUUCUCAAGGAACCCUACAAGAACCUCCCCCCAGAGGCACUCAGUAACAUCCUCAACCGCAUUUUCUUCUGGUGGAUUAAUCCUACGUUUCGGCAGGGUUAUGGGACAGGCUUGACAUUGGAGUGGUUAUGCGAAGUUGACAUAACUUUACAAACCGGUUCUGUGCAGCAACGAAUUCUCGAUCAAUGGAGACGAUGCUCUCAUCAAGGCAGAUACGCCUUAGUUCAUGCGUUUGCAGGCGCACUUCGAUGGCCAAUGCUUGCGGUUGUCGCCCCUCGCCUGGCCUUGGUGGGUUUCAACUAUGCCCAGCCGUUUCUGAUUAACAGAGCAAUUCGCCUUCUCGAAGAAAAAUGGAACGACGAGACCAGGAAUUACGGUUAUGGACUUAUUGCCGCCACAGGGAUAAUUUAUCUCGGUAUCGCGAUGUCGACGGCACUAUAUCAAUACAAGCUUCGUAGAUUUCUCACACUGGUUCGAACAGCCGGGAUAUCACUGAUAUACGUCACGUCGUUACAUGCUUCUGCAGAAGAUCAGGAUGAAGCAACAACUGCUACUCUGAUGAGUACGGAUGUUGAUCGAGUAGUUACCGGACUGGAGUUGGUACACGAAACGUGGGCUCGACUGCUUGAGAUUGCAAUUGGCGUGUGGCUACUCGCUAGGCAAAUGGGAGCCAUAGCUGUUGCGCCUGUUUUAGUAGUAAUCCUUUGCUUUGCGUGGCAGACCUGGCUUGCUCGGUACAUUGGGCCAAGGCAAUUGCCAUGGAUUCAAGCCAUCCAGACCAGGGUGGGCAAAACUUCUUCGGUUCUUCGCAACAUGAAGGCAGUUCGGGUCAUGGGACUGGCAGAUGUCGUUGAGACUACAUUACAAGGCCAGCGAAUUAGGGAACUGCAGCUUUCCAAAGCAUUCCGCUGGAUGAUUGUUUGGAUCAACAUGGUUGCAUCCAUCCCACAGACUCUAGCUCCGCUGGUUGUAUUCGCGUCAUAUUCUAUACGAACUGUUGUGACUGGCGGCGAUCAACUCUCAGCCGUCAACGCCUUCACUUCUCUCGCUAUCAUAUCCCUGGUUACUAGCCCAACGGUCAAUUUGCUGGCCUCCAUUCCUUCGCUGAGAGUGGCAGAGGGAUGUUUAGACCGCAUCCAAAAAUAUCUUCGUGCCUCAUCCAGUGGCCACGAGCGGUCAACUCAUCGUCAACAACCAUCAACGCAUAGCUUAGUCGAAGAUCCCACCCAACAUGAGAUGCCUACGAUUGACGCUGAAGCAAAAUCUGAUGGUUACUUAGUGAAGCUGAAAGACGUUACUUUAGGUCCUAACACUGAUACAGAAGCUCUCCUCGACAAUGUCAAUCUCAACUUUCAGAAAGCUAGCUUCACCAUAGUUACCGGUCCCGUGGGGUCUGGGAAGUCUCUUUUCUUGAAAACCCUUUUGGGAGAGACUAUUCCUCGCAAGGGCUCCGUUUCGGUCUUCACGAAGUCCGUAGCUUAUUGUUCGCAAACUCCAUGGCUGCCAAAUGGCUCGUUUCGUGACGUUUUGUGCGGGGCAGAAGAGUUUGCAUCAGAAUGGUACAAUUCUGUUAUUCACUCUUGCGAUCUGAAACAGGACAUAGAUGAGUUUCCCCAGGGCGACUUGUCCAUCAUUGGCAGUCGUGGCUCGAACUUGAGUGGAGGACAAAGGCAAAGACUGGCUUUGGCGCGAGCUAUAUACGCACGCAGGGAGCUGCUUCUCCUUGACGACGUUUUCAGCGGCGUUGACAAAGAAACAGAAUACAGAAUUUCGCAAAGACUCUUUGCGCAAGAUGGUUUUCUUCGCAGGUCGAAUUGCACCACCAUCUUUGUCACGCACUCUGUUCAGAGUUUGUCAAUGGCUGAUGCUGUGAUCGUGCUUGACCCCGAAGCUAGAACUGCCCAGUCUUAUAUACCGAAUGAACUUGAGACUCUGCCUACCUCAGCUAGCCAUUCAUCCACCACAUCUCAACACUCAUCGAUUGAAGAGAAAAAGGCCAGUCCUAUGGCAGGUAUGCAGAAUACCAGAUCUGCUACAGCCACAAAUGCUGUGAAGGGCUGCAGCAUAGAAGAUUUGGAAGAUCUAGCCCGGCGCACUGGUGACACUUCAUGUUAUCUCUAUUACUACAAGGCAAUAGGUCUCACACGUACCGUGGUGGCUGUAGUGAUCCUCGUCAUAUACACCUUUGCAUCAAAUUUCCCCAGAUACUGGAUCAAGUGGUAUACUGACAAUCCAACUCCGAGAUUCCCGGUCUUCAUCGGUGUCUACGUUUGGCUGGUAGCGAUGGCCAGCUUAAGCCAAGGCGCGAUGAUCUGGCAAAUCAUGAUCAAUAUUGUCCCCAAAUCUGGAGCCGAGCUGCAUAGAAUCCUGCUGCGCACGAUAAUGCAUGCCCCGAUGCGAUUCUUCUGGACAACUGACUCCGGAGUCACCCUCAACCGGUUUAGCCAGGACAUGACCUUAGUUGAUGCCGUUCUUCCUACUGCUGCUUUUGGAACAUUUCUUGCGGUGUUUCAGUGCGCUGCCCAGCUUGCUUUUAUCGCCAUUGGAUCUAGUUAUAUGGCAGUUUGUAUCCCAGUAGCGGCGAUCUCGCUCUUUUUUGUUCAAAAAGUCUACCUUCGUACUUCCAGACAACUGCGAUUUCUCGACCUCGAGGCCAGGAGUCCCUUGUUCACGCACUUCGUCGAGACGACAGAGGGCCUUGCAAGCAUUCGGGCAUUCAACUGGCAAGAGUCCUUCAUCGAGAGAAAUAUCAGAUGUCUCAAUCAGUCGCAAAAGCCAUACUAUCUCCUCCUCUGUAUUCAGCAAUGGCUAAUUCUUGUCCUUGACUUGAUGGUCGCUGCCAUAGCUCUUAUUUUAAUGGCUCUAGCAAUGACUCUUCGGAGUAGCACCAACGGUGGAGCGCUGGGAGUUGGUUUAACUGCCGUCUUGUCGUUUAACCAGGCUUUGCAGACCUUGAUGAUCAGUUGGACUCAAAUGGAAACUUCUCUUGGAGCAAUUGCGAGAACGAAGAAUUUGGAAACUGCCCUCCCGCCUGAGGAUACGAAUGACGAGGACAUCGAGCCACCGGCUGACUGGCCUCGUGAUGGGUCAAUUGAAUUUCGCGAUGUAUCUUUAUCUUACAAUGAGGAGACAAUUGCUUUGGACCAUGUUUCAUUUCGCAUUGAACCGCGUCAAAAGGUUGCAAUCCUGGGCAGAACCGGAAGUGGCAAAAGUACGAUUCUCGCCGCUUUACUUCGGCUUGUAGACAUUUCGCCCACAGCGUCUCCGGGGCAGAUUUUAAUUGACAACACGCCUAUCACCAGCAUUAAUCGCAGGGUGCUGCGAUCUCGCAUUUUAUCAAUCCCACAAGACCCGGUAUAUCUCCCAGGCUCUGUCCGCUAUAAUGCCUAUCCGUUCAGUGAAGACGAGGUUCAGUCACACGACGAGUUGAUUGUCGCCGCCUUGGAAAAUGUGACUCUGUGGGAAGUCAUAAAAGAACACGGAGGUCUAGACGGUGAUAUGGCCGCACUGUCAUUGUCUCAGGGACAGGGACAACUAUUUGCUAUUGCAAGAGCUAUCAUCAGAAAGGAUAUUGGCGAAAAGAAUGAUGUUAGAAAUGUGAAGAACGAUCCUGAGCCAGCUGGAGACCACUUCAGGCACAGAAUCUUGCUUAUAGACGAGGCGACUAGUAACGUGGACGCUGACACCGACACCAAGAUGCAAGCAUUAAUUGGGCAGGAAUUCCGCCAUUUCACGGUCAUCACCAUCGCGCAUCGAUUGGAGUCUAUUAGGGGUUCAGAUGUGGUGGGAGUCAUGGACCAAGGCGAAAUGGUGAAAUUCGGUCCUGCAGCAGAGAUCCUGGGCGAUAUUACGGAACAAGCAUAG